GGACGUUCUGUGGUUCUGUGGUACUUGGUGAAACCUAAAGAGGCUCUUUAAAAGUUAAAACCCAGCUUUAAUCACCCCUCACUCCACACAGGGUCAGGGCCAUUGUCAGGUUCCUCACAGCACUGCUGAGGGGCUGUGCCUGUUUGGUGGGAGCAGCCUUGGCACAGGCUGGGAUUUAGAGCCUUGAUGUGACUCGCAUUGCAGGCCAUGUUCACACUGGGUGGUAGAAGGGAUGAAAAAACCUCUUCCCCAGUGUGUUUUCCUUCCUGGGACUGAUGUGCAAGAUCAUCUCAGCAAAGAGCUUUUAUACUGUAUUUGCUGCAGCAGAAGUGGAAACCCGAGUGUUUUCAGUAUCAUUUCACUGACAGAGCAAAGCAGGUGUUCAGUGUUGGGUGUUCCAGUCCGUGAACGGGGAGGGAACAUCAAUUCUGCUUUUCUCCCCCACAUCUGUAUUUAGAAGAAUAAUUACCUAAAUGCCACCCUGGAUUUUAUUUUUAACCAAGUUUUGCAAUGAAGAGUGAAGAGCCAGUUGGUGGUGAGGUCGGGAUGUGUCUUUUCAGCAGUUUGGGAUUUGUGGUGAUUUCUCUGCGCUGUCGGUUGGGGUGUUCUGUGGGUGGGCAGGUGCAGGUGCCCUGUGUGCUGGGAUUUCAGUGUGGCCUCACAGGACACUUCCCAUAUUUGGUUUUUCUGUGGCUGUGGGGAGAUUCUGCCCCACAUCCGAGUCUCCCCACGUGGGGCAGUUCCAGACGUGUGAAAAGCAGGAGGUGGGAGCAGAUCUCCGUCAAGCUAGCAGAAUUUUGGGUUUGGCACAGCUGGACUUGUGCCAGUUCUGGUGAGUCCCCGGCUCCUCUCCGCCUGCCCAGGAGCCCUGUGUCUGCAAUCCCGAGAUUGAAAAAUUCCUCUCUUUCCUGACAUCGGAACACUUCCUCUAAUUUAUAUUUUUAAUCUCUAGCCAAGCCAGUGCGAAGCAGAAUUCACUAAUCCAGCGCUUCCCGGAGCGCGCCCCGUGCGCUGGGCGAGGCGGAGGCGCCGGGUGGCUCCCGUGGGCCGGGACAGGCAGCGACAGGCAGGGCCUGGCCGUGUCCCAGCCCUGCCACCUCCUGCCCCGCUGGCCCAGGCCGUGUCCCAGCCCUGCCACCUCCUGCCCCGCUGGCCCGGGGAUGGAUGUUUGGGGAGGCUCUGCGCACACCGAUGCGUGGAGCUCAGACCCAGCCGAAAGCAGCCGCAGGUGGGGAGUGGGGAGAGGAGGAGGAGGAGGUCACAAACUCCCCCGAGGUGAGAGCAGCAGCGCUGGGAAGGAGGAACGGGGGCGGGAAGCCCGUGCAGACGCUCUGAGCCCCGCCGAGCCGGGAGCAGCGGAGGGCGAGGGCGGCCGUGGGGCCGGUGCUGCCCCGGUUCCCCCGGAGUGCUGUGUCAGCCCGGGCCGGGGCGGCUCCAGCAUGAACAAGUACCUGCAGUGUUUAUCGACCCCGGGCAGCUCAGAGCGAGGCUAUGAUCCCUACAACCCCGAGCUGCCCAGGCCCUCGCUGGAGGUGGAGGAUGGCUUUCUGGCUGACAUUACAGAUGUCACACCUGGAAUUCUGGAGCUGGAGCUGGUCAACAAGGCCAUCGAGGCAGUGAAGAAUGAAGUGGAGAGGGAGCAGAAGAAGUAUGAGGAGCUGCUGGAAACCACAAAGGAGUUUGGUGCUUCAGAGGGCUCCUCACUCAUUUCAAACACACCCGUGUCAGCUGCUGGGCCUCAGAAUGAUUCCUUUGCCUCCUUGGAGUAUAAUCCAGGGAGCUACAACUUCACUAAUAACUCAGACUACAACCCCACUCCUCUGGCUGCUGCUGGCCGCUCCAGUAAAUACACUUUGGAUUGCUCCCGCUCCAAAGGCAGCUCACUGGAGUAUGUCCCCAAGGCUGUGGUGCAGAAUAAAAAAUACAGCAGCACUGUCACUAACAACAAAUACGUGAUUGAUGACUCCAAGCCUUCCACAGACUUGGAAUAUGACCCCCUUUCCAAUUACUCUGCCCGGCUGUUGGGCAAAGCCACUACCAAGGGGUCCAAAAGGGAAAGGGCCUCUGAUUACGAGGACUCCUACUCGCCAUCGAGGAAGAAGCUCUGCGAGGAUCCCAGUGAUGACGAGGUGCUGGCCAGGUUCUCCUCCUCUGAAGAUGAGGCUGAGGUGGAAUAUAAAACAGCUUCUGGUAGUUCACCCUCAAAAGCUGGAUCUGAGAGUGAGUCGAACGAGUUCUCCAGCAAAGAGCAGAGCACAAGAGUGGAUGGCUCUGCUUCCCAGGAGAGCAAAGAAGCAGCACAGCACAGGGAGGACCUUACAAAUUCACAGAAAAACCUUGCCAAGAGCUCAUCAGACAAGAACUCAAAGGCAGCGAAGUUGUGUCCUGGUAAGAGCAACAAGGAAAUUGAAAAUAAAAACAAAGACUCCAAAGACAAAACAAAAAAGAAGAAACCCGAUGUUAGUAAAGCACCAGGCCUCAGUGAGGCUGGGAAGAAGGAGAAAAAUAAAAAUGCAGACAAAGACAAAGUGCUCAAGAAAGAAGAAAAAUUAAAACCCAAGAAUGAAGAGAAAAACUGCAAAGACAAAAGCGUCAAAGUGAAAACAGAUGGGAACUUGAAGAAACCUGAAAAACAGAAGUCAGAAAAAGUGGAUGGGUGUAAGAAAGAAAAAUCCAAGUCCAGCAGCAGCAGUUCAGGGAAAAGCAAGAGCGAGGGUGUCACCAAGGGCACAGAGAAAGUGGGGAGCAGCAAGAAGGAUCUGCUGAGCAAAACUGCUGAUGUGAAAAAUGGCAAGGAGAGCUCUGGUCGUAAAAACAAGGAGAAAGGGACCAAGGGCUCCCUGGAGCAAAAGAAGGACAAGGUCAGUUAUGCAGGACAAGGAGACCCCAAGAAGGGUCGGAAGCAGCAGAGUUUGAGUCACGUGGACCUGUUUGGAGAUGAAAGUGGAGAUGAGGAUGACAAAGGCCGGCCUUUGUCAUUGCUUGAUGUGAGCUCGGACUUGGAUGGGGCUGACUCUGGCUCAGCCUCUGACAGUGACAGUGACAGAACGAAGAAAGCAAAGCGCUCAAAGUUGUCCAAGUCCUCAUCAUCUUCCUCGACAUCUGAUGACAUUGAUUAUUCCAUCCUUGAGAAAGAUGUGGACUUCGAGUCAGAUCCCAUGGAGGAGUGUCUUAGGAUCUUUAAUGAAUCUAAAGAUGUGAAAACUGAAGACAAGGGAAGGCUGGGCAAACAGCCAUCCAAAGAGGAAGCAAAUGAAGAAAAGACAGAAGAUAAUUUAACUACCUUGUUUCCUGGCCAAAAAAGAAGGAUCUCUCAUCUUGUCAAACAAGGAAAUGCAGAGGCCCCGAGCAAGCCGGUCGUGCGGCCGUACCGUCCCCCCACGGCCCAGGAGGUGUGUUACCAGAGGAUCCAGCUGGCUCAGCAGCAGGCAGCACAGCUGGUUGGGGCUGUUCAAAAGACCUCUCUCUGUUUGCCAGGAGAAAAGAGGAGGAUUGCUCACGUGCCAAAUGCAGCCCUCACCGCAGCAGCCAAGCAAAGCCUUGCGAGCAGUAAGGUGACUGUUGGUGGCAGGAGUGUCACACCUUCCAAUGACUCCGAAGCCCCCACCCCUCCUCUGAAGCCUUGCACCUUGGCUGGGAUGGCUUCCAAGACCACCAGCACCAUCGUGCCCAAAAGGGUAGCACAUGUUCCCUCCUUACAGAGCACCACUUUACAGAGGCCUGUUAUUCCCACAGAAUUUGGUGCUAAAGUCCCAACCAACAUCCGUCAGAGGUAUCUCAAUCUCUUCAUUGAUGAGUGCCUGAAAUUCUGCUCCUCCUCCCAGGAAGCCUUCGACAAGGCCCUGGCAGAGGAGAAGGUGGCCUACGAGCGCAGCACCAGUCGCAACAUCUACCUGAACGUGGCCGUGAACACCCUGAAGAAGCUCCGCAGCCUCGUGCCCAACUCCCCAGCCAGCACCAACAAGACGAGUAACAAGAAGGUGGUGUCCCACGAGGCUGUGCUGGGAGGGAAGCUUGCUGCCAAGACCAGCUUCACUCUGAACCGCUCGGGGAGCCUGAGAGCCGAGGAUCUGACAGGAGCUGCCCUGUACCGGCGCCUCAAGGAGUACCUGAUGACUGAGGAGCAGCUCAAGGAGAACGGGUACCCAAUGCCUCACCCUGAGAAGGCUGGACGGGCUGUGCUCUUCACUGCAGAGGAGAAGAAAGCGAUUGACUCCUCGUGCAGGAUCUGCUGUCGCUGUGGCACCGAGUACAUGGUCUCAGCCUCGGGGAGCUGCAUCCGCAAGGAGGAGUGCGUCCAUCACUGGGGGCGGCUGCGCAAGCAGAGAGUGCCAGGUGGGUGGGAAACUCACUACAGCUGCUGCUCCGGAGCUGUGGGGUCACCAGGCUGCCAGGUUGCUAAACAACACGUGCACGAUGGGCGCAAGGAGAGCCUGGAUGGUUUUGUGAAGACUUUUGAGAAGCUGCCCACAACUGAUGGCUACCCUGGGAUCUACGCCUUAGACUGUGAAAUGUGCUACACUAAGCAAGGACUGGAGCUGACAAGAGUAACUGUGAUCAACUCAGAGCUGAAAGUGGUGUAUGACACCUUUGUCAAGCCAGACUCCAAGGUGGUGGAUUACAACACCAGGUUCUCAGGUGUGACAGAAGAGGACCUGGAGAACACGAGCAUCACCCUGCGGGAUGUCCAAGCCGUCCUACUGAACAUGUUUAGUGCAGACACCAUACUGAUAGGGCACAGCUUGGAAAGCGACUUAUUUGCACUAAAGCUGAUCCAUGGCACUGUGGUGGACACAGCCAUCGUGUUCCCCCACCGCCUGGGGCUGCCCUACAAGCGGGCCCUGCGCACGCUGAUGGCCGACUACCUCAAACGCAUCAUCCAGGACAACGUGGAAGGACACGACUCCAGUGAGGAUGCCAGAGCCUGCAUGGAGCUGAUGGUGUGGAAGAUCAAGGAGGAUGCCAAGGUGAAGCGAUGACCUGCGUUGUCUCUCUGCUGUUCUCCUGCACCUCUGUGAAGAAGCAGUGCAAUAAAUGCCCGCAGCCACUCUGUCCCCCGUGCCAGCAGCAUGUUCCUGCUCCCCAGCCAUCCCAGCAGGACUCCUGGACUCACACCUGCAGUCCCCCUGUCCAGGGGGUGGCUCUCCUCAGACUCCACCUGAGGGAUUCUCUGUGGUCCAAGCACUGCCUUUUGGGCCUGGCAAGGUGGUUUUGAGUAGUACAACCAGAACUUCCUGGUUCCUAGGAGAAGCUUGUUAGAGGUAGGUUGGAGAUGUGCAGAAGGAUCUUUCUGGUUCAGUUAAAGGUAGAUUGUUUACUUUUUUUUUUCCCCCAGAUAUAACUUAAAUUGCCUCUGUACUCCAAAGCAGUGUUUGGAGAGGGGGGAGAUGGAAGAAGGUUGGGCAGGAAGCUGUGAGUGGAUUGUGUACUUGGUGUGGGAAGCAAGAGCUGAGGAUCAAGCACUUGGGAAGGGAUCCUGGUGCAGUCCCACUGCGGAGCUGCAGAAGAGGGAGGCUGGCUCUGAGGGAGAGGAAUGAGGUGGGAUCUGGGAAUUGCCACCUGCUGUGCCCCAGGUGAUCUCCUUGCUGAGGGCUGCCUGGCACCUGGUUCUGCAGUCGGUGCCAAGGGGGAAACCACCAGUGUCCCACCUUGCCCAGACCUCAGGGAGCCACGAGGCAGGACAGGGACAGCCAGCUGCCAGGGCCAGGGAGAGCCUGCAUCCCAUCCCUGCAGGGUAGGACAGGCUUCCCUGACCCUCAGCUUCCAGCAGGGCCCCGGUGAGCUUGUGUUCAGGGAGCAAGGCUUUUGGGUGUGCAGGGAAGGUUGCACCUAGGGGUGGCCUCAGCAGCAUGCAGAGCUCCCCACCAGCCUGGCCCUGCUGCAGGGACUCGGUCCAGGCUAAAGCAAGAGGGGCAAAUCCUUCAUUUCACCUCGUUUACAUGUUGGGAGUUCUGCAGAGUGAGGGACCCAGCUGUGUCUGGCACCUGGACUAAAGCAGCUGCUGAGUGUGACUGUCACUGGGGUGACGGGAUGGCACUGGUGGGUCCCUGCCCAGCCCCUGCUGCUGCCUGGGGACAGCAGAGCUGAGGGGAGCAAUCCCCAUGGACCCCGUGGGCUCUCAGCUGGGGUCAGGGAGCACCUGCACCCAGAGCAGUGACCCCUCACCCUCCCUGGCAGCCCUGGAACUGUGUCCCUUGGUGGCUGCUGUGUCCCUGUGUCCCUGGCACGGGCUGGCUGUGUCAGUCUGGGGGCAGUGGGGCAGAGGAGCUGCUGGGGUUUGGUUCCUGUCAGAGCCAGGUCCUGCUCACUCCUUUGUACUCCUGCUGGGCUCAGGGUUUGGGGACAGCUGUGUGUCCCCUGCUGAGCUGUGCCAGCCUGUGGGCAGGAGCGUGGGCUGGGCUGUGGCCCAGGACAGGGAUGUCCUGCUCCAGCCCCACGCUGGGCCUGGUGGACUCUCCCAUCCCACUGCUGCCCUCGGAGGCAGGGAGGUGACUUCUCUGCCAGGCUCUCCAGGAGCAGUGGAGCUGGACAGACUCCUGGUACUGCUGAGCCCAUCUGUUUUCCUCUGGCAGCAGUUCCUUACCCCAGGUUUUGGGGAUGCAGCUCCCUGCCACUCCCCCAGUGCUCCACAUCCAGCUCUGCUCCUUCCCUGCCUUGGGGCUUCCACCCCAGGCAGCCUUGGGACACCUUGGGCUGUCCCCGUGUCCCAGUGCCUGCAGGGAACAGUGCUGGUCCUGCCCAGCUGUGGGAGACAGUUCAGUGCUUCCCAGCUGGGGAGGGAAGGUUUGUUCCUACUUCUGCCUCUUUCCCACGUUUAUCCUCGUUUAUCUUCACCCCUGGCUGCAGCCAUGGAAUGUCCCUGGAGCAGCCACAGCAGGCCUCAGAUCUGGCUCUUGCCUCUUGCCUGCUCCUCAGCAGGCAGCCCCUGCUUCCCAGCCUCCCCACAGCAGCUCCUUCCCUGGCACAGCCAGGCAUUCUGCCGUGGGCACAGUGUGCUGUGUCCUGCUCUGGAGCUCUUGGCUCCAUCCCUCCUCCUGGGGCUGGGGCAGGCAGGGUGUUCCUCCAGGCAGGAAUCCUGCCAGGCCAUGGACCUCCAUCAUUUCCCCUUCCUUUCCCCAUGGUCAGCCUAAACUGAGGCUUUUGGGGUGGGACUGUGGGGGGCUUGCCUGUGUCAAGGGAUGUCCCUGGGAGAGGGAACCAUAUCCAGCCACACCACGGGUGUGGUCAGAGCCAGUCCUGGCCCAGGGCUGCCAUCACCUCCCCAGGCACCAGAGGUUUGGUUGGGUUGUACAGAACGAUUGUAACCUGUUACUUUUUGUAAUUGUUUUUAAUAAAAGAGUGUUGACUAGAUGCA